AUGAGUAAUCCCCCAACGCUUCCCUUCCGCUUCCAGCCAAAAAAACCUGGAGCGCGUCUGAGGAGCCUCAGAGCGUUUAGAAACAAAGAUCCAGCAGUGAUUACUGCGUUGGAGGUGAAGUGGGAUGACGAUAGCGAGCCACAGUUCGCUGGAGACCGGAACGACAAGAUUGCAAGUGAAACAUUCGUUCUAGCUCACGGUGAGAGAAUAACCAAAAUUACAACAAAGUUCGACGGGAGCAUGUCUACCGGCACUCCACUGGUUGAUAUUUAUCUUGCCACGAAUAACGGUCAACGUUGGUGGGCUUUCGGAGGCAGACAGGGGGAGGAGGGCGCCGAGCAUCCUGUUGGAAACGGAUAUCUUUCUUUCUUAGUGGGGGAGAUCAUUGAAGCUGCAGUCAUUUACCCCGGCUGGAUAUCGUAUAUAUCGUAUUCAAUGUUAUGGCAGAUGGAAUAG